GUACAGCUGAUCACAUACAAUCAUGACGUCGACACUUGUUUGUGCCUUCUGCGUUGCUGCCUUUGCGCACCUCAUCACAAGCCAGCCAGUAAACAAAAUUCAUAAAAGUAAACUCGCGAGUGAAGAAAUAAAUGAAGAGUUUAAAUCCACUGUGACAAGUGGCGAGUAUAAUCGUAUCGAUGAAGAGUUUGAUAAAAAUGUAAUAAACUCGAAUGAACCAGACAAAAUGGUGUUUAAAACUGAUGUGACUAAUCAGAACGAAGAGUUUGAUAAAUAUGCAAUAUUAUUAAAAGCGAUUGAACCAGACAAAAUAAACAGUGAUUUUGAAACAGUUUUGACAAGUGGAAACAUAGUGCCUAAACAAAUAACUGUUAAUAAACCAUACUUAAACAGGCAAAGAGUUCGAAGACAUAUUUUUACAUCAAAAUGCCCUUCAAAUAAGAUAGCGAUUGGAUCGGAGUGUUUUACGUGUAAAGAAAUAAACUACGAAGAUGAUCGAUGUACUUGAACCCCACGGGAUCCAACGACGGGUUCUCGAUAUUGUAUACUCAGAAGGGUCAACGAUGACUAUCGGAGGAAGCCAAAUGUAUUUAUUUACUGAAUAAGAUUGCUCAAUAGUUCUGAAUAGUUCAUAAGCAGCUCCAGUUUCAAUGGGCUUACUGACCGAGUCAAGGCGAAACUGUUUAUGUAUGACUGUAGGUAUGUUUACGAGUAGAUAGAAUCUAUUAGAUUCGUAUGCCCUAUUGAGGUACAGGUCGAUUCAUGAGAGCUAGCAUGAAUGGGUUGAACACAACUUUUGAUUGUAUGAGUGGCACCUAUAUUGAUAUACAGUCGUAACCAUCAAGAGCUACCAUUUUAUUUUCCCCUCACUAGCUCGGAAACACGUGUUUUGUCCUUUAAUACCAGCGGGUAAAAACGCAUUUUAUCCACUAGUGGGUAAAGUUAUUUGACCUUGAAUAAAGUCAAAUUAACUGU